AUGUAUGAUGUCUUGAAGUUUUAAUUAGUUAGUAAUAUAAAUUAAAGAAUGAAAAAUUAAACCAAUUAAUCGGAGAUCUGUCAAUAUUGCAAUUUAAGUGACUGUGAAUGUUCAGACCAAGAGGAUUGGGACAGUUGUGAUUCGCCUAAACCAAAAACUCUCUAUUCUUUCAAAGAAAUCAAUCUGCAAAACAAAUCAUUAUUAGCUGAAAUCAGAAUCAUUUGCAAGAAUUUGAUUUAUGUGAUUGGCUUGGCACCCAACAUAGCCAAGGAAGAUGUAAUCUCAUUUCAAUUAAAAAAACCCGAGUAUUUUGGGCAAUAUGGAUAAAUCUAAAAAUUAAUUGUGAUCCAAAGCAACACCUUCAAUCCCCCCUCUCAUGCCGCUUACAUAACCUAUCGAAAUGAAUAGGAAGCCUCUUUAGCAAUCUUAGUAAAUAUAAUUAAUAUUUAUUUAUAAGUAAAGGCAUCCUUUGGAACCACCAAAUAUUGCACCAACUUCUUGAAGGGCCAACAAUGCAAGAUCAAGGAUUGUGUAUACUUACAUCAACACCCCAAGGACAAGGACUCUACACAAGUGCUCAAAAAAGAAGAAAUGAAUAACUCCAAGUGGUUAUUUUCGUAUUCCUAAAAAUUAGCCCAAACCAACUUCAAAAAGUUUUACACAUCAAUCAAUUACAAAAAUGCCCUCUAAAAAUCAAUAUUCCCAACAACACAAAACAUUUUGGAUCAUAUGAUAAAGGAAAGAAUUGUUGAACCACUUUAAUAGCAAUAAUCAUUAAACAUACAAUAAGAAGAAGUUAAAGAAAUACAAUAAAUCCAAGAUUUACAAUAACCCAUUUAUCAAAAACCAAUUGAUAUUGAAAAACGAGUGGAGGCUGUCAUCCUUUAAAUGGACGGAGAUGGCAAUACCAAUUCGAGAUUCAAAUUUACAAAUAGUAAAAUUAUCCCAUAAGAUCAUGAGGCAAUAUAAUAAAUAAAAUAAUAUCUUCAAAAAUGA